CCCACUUUGGUUUAAGAAUUUGCAGGGUUUUUAAUUGAAAUGGCUGGAGCACGCGUCGCGGGGCGUGCUCAAGUCGCGUUCUAGCGUCCCAAUUAAGUUAACAGGUGGGAAGUUGCGAAUUGAAUUGAAUUUCCCAGCCCCUUCGUUUUUUAACCUAAUUUCGCACUGGCAUUAUUAUCCUUCGUCAAACCGGGUUCGUGUUAACGUUCUUUCUUCCUUCUUUCUUUCAUAGGAAUGUCCCUAACUCUUAAUAAUCGUUUGUCAUUCAACGAAACAAUCUUUCGUUUUUCCUUUGACAAAAGUCAGCUUAGCUUUCAAGUAUAAUACCUAUUCUGAUCUGUCAUACUUGAUCUGCACUUAAACUCAAAUUCGGCUGCUCAAGAAACCCAUUGUGCGCUCUACCCAGUCGCAUAGUUGUCGCAUUAGAACCUUUUGGUUCUCGACCAAUUCCUUCAGCCAGAAUACACUCCCUAUCACAAAAAUGAUUCGAGGCCGUGGUGGACGAGGUGGUGGGCGAGGUGGUGGACGAGGAGGCGCCUUAAGAGCACAGCCUGGCGAUCCAAUUCCCUACCCUCGAAGAAGAAGAUAUAGGCCAGGAACUGUCGCACUGAGAGAGAUCAGAAGACUGCAAAACAACACCGACCUACUCAUACGAAAACUACCUUUCUCCCGACUUGUUCGAGAAAUAGCUUUAACUAUGCGCCCGGCGGACGAAGGAAUGCGAUGGCAAUCGCAGGCUAUAUUAGCGCUUCAGGAAGCUGCCGAGGCUUUUCUAGUCCACUUAUUCGAGGACUCGAAUCUAUGCGCCAUCCACGCGAAACGAGUUACCAUAAUGCAGAAAGACAUCCAGCUCGCGAGACGGAUACGUGGCGUAUGGGGCGGCCUUGGCUAAAAGGUUUUAAAAGCGGUAGCAAGAGACGCCUAUCACAAAAUGAUACGGUUCAGGACUCUGCACCCCCCCAAAAAUCUACCCCUGCAUCGGCUAGGCCACUUGUCUGGGGAAGAGGGGGAUUUUGUAUAAAAAGCGGUCUAUCGACGCAGGCGAUCAAAAUACCACGGCGUUCAGCUGGUUGGCUUAAGGGGAAGAGAAAUGGCGUUUAGGAGUCAAGAAAGUUAGACCGACCUGAGGGCAAAGGGGGGGGAUAACGGUCAGGUUUUGCAUUUUAAAUUUGAUACCAUAGUGCUUUUUCUUUCUAUAAGCCCGCAUGCAAUUCAUCGGAAUAUAAUGCUCGUAAUUGCAACUUUCAAUACCUACCUAGGUACCUUAGGUAGUUUAAUCUGUGUGUAUAUUCCAGACAAUGCCGAGAGAAAGGAAGAAAGUCGUGCAGGAGCUAAAAACUCUCCGGAAAUUCCGUGAAAUUCGGGUCCACGUGGGGAAGCUCAGGGUUUUAGCGGUGGAACCUAAGCUGCUAA